AUGUGGGAUAAGCUUGAGGUUACCUACGAGGGAACAUCAAAGGUAAGAGAAACAAAAAUUAAUGCUCUAAGACACGAUUAUGAAGCCUUCAUGAUGAAGGACGAUGAGAACAUUGAAUCAAUGUUCGCAAGAUUCAGCAAGAUCAUUGGAGAACUCAAAUCCCUUGGAGUAACUUACACCAACUCUCAACAAGUAAGAAAGCUGGUUAGAAGUCUACCAAAAACUUGGGGAAAAAAAGCAAUUGUCCUGGAAGAUGAAAAUCUGGAUAAGUUCACUUAUGAUGAGUUAAGAGGAAAUCUGAUAGCAUUUGAAAAAAAUCACAUUCAAAGAUAUCAGAAGGAUGAAAAGAAGAAAGUGGUUGCUUUCAAGGCUCAAGUUGAAGAAUCUGAUGAUGAAUUUAAACAAGAAAAAGUUGCCAUGAUUUCCGUGCAUGUGAUAGAAGCCAUGAGACAAUCAAGAAAUAAUAGAAAAGGAAGCUCAAACUUUAGAAAAGGAAAGGCUUCCUUCGAAGCGAUAAAGAAUGAUGGGAAUUGUUAUGAAUGUGGAAAAUAUGGCCAUGUCGCAUCCGAAUGUCCCGAGGCAAAAAAGAAACCAACUAGAGGUUAUCAAAAACAAAGAGCUUUCGGCGGCUCGAGUGAAGAUGAAAUUUCGGAUGAAGAAUCGAAGAAAUUGAAAAUGUGUGUUUCAUGGCUCUCGAAGAAAGCGACAAGUCACAAGUCAAACCUGUUAACUGAUGAAAAUAAGUCAACUGGAAAAAAGGUUUUACCAAUGAUUGAUAAUCUUAGAGGGAAGACAACUGCUCUUUUAAAAAUUGAUAAGUCAACUAGAUAUUCUAAGUCGACUGGAAGAAAGUCUGGAAUACAUAGGUCAAACAAUCCGUGUAAAGGAGAAGGAAAACUUUCUCAAACAUGCUUCUGUUGUGGAAAACUUGGUCAUGAUUAUCAUAACUGUAGAUUUCGUUUUUCAAAUGCACCUGGAUGGGUUCUUAAGUACAAUCGUUUAAGUGUAAGUCAGCUAUGUGACUCUGAUCUUGAGGUAAGGUUUAGUAAAACAGGCUGUGUCAUAGAGGACUCGUCUGGGAUAAAAAUUCUUCCUGGAAGCAGAAACAAAAAUGUGUACACUCUGGACUCUAUCAAAAAUCCUACAGGUCAUAUAUGUCUGGCUUCAAUGGGAGAAGAUCCAUGGAUGUGGCACAAGAAGCUUGGUCAUGCAAGUAUGCGCCUAAUUGAGAAACUGGCAAGACAUGAUCUUGUAAUAGGAUUGCCAAAACUCAAUUACACCAAAGAUCAUAUAUGCGACUCGUGUCAAAAAAGUAAACAAACUAGAAACUCUUUCAAUUCAAAAGAUAUUGUGUCUACAUCUAAACCACUGCAGCUACUCCAUAUGGAUCUUGUUGGUCCUACUAGAACUGCUAACAUUGGAGGAAAAAGGUAUGCAUUUGUUAUAAUAGAUGAUUUCUCUCGCUUCACCUGGGUAAUAUUUCUUGCUCAUAAUGAUGAUACUCUAAAGAAUUUUAAGUUUUUCUGUGAGAAAGUUCAGCGUGAGAAAGGAUAUUACAUCACGUCCAUUAGAAGUGAUCAUGGAGGAGAACUUGAAAACAAGGCUUUUGAAGAAUUUUGCAAUGACCAAGGGUACACACACAAUUUCUCCUCACCUCGAUCUUCGCAACAAAAUGGUGUGGUUGAACGGAAGAACAGAACCCUUUAG